AACAUGUAGUGUUUGGAUGGACAGAGAUUAAAAGACGCAUCUUUGACACCUGACAUCACUGCACGGACCACUCAGCCGCCACCAUGGGACUGUGACCGGAGCACCGAGCUCCGAGAGGCGGCUGUUUAUGUAGUCUGUGCUCCGUGCACAGACCGGACCUAAGCUGUUGUGACAUUUUGAGCCAUGGCUGCUGCGAUCGCAAGUGGGCUGAUCAGACAGAAGAGGCAGGCGCGGGAGCAGCAUUUCGACCGGCCCUCGACCAACCGACGGAGGAAAAGCCCCAACAAGAACAAGGGGCUCUGCAAUGGGAACCUGGUCGACAUCUUCUCCAAAGUGCGCAUCUUCGGCCUCAGGAAGCGGCGGCUACGGAGGCAAGAUCCCCAGCUCAAGGGUAUAGUGACCAGGUUAUAUUGCAGGCAGGGAUACUACUUGCAGAUGAACCCCGAUGGCUCUCUUGAUGGGACCAAGGAUGACAGCAGCAAUUCCUCUUUGUUCAACCUUAUUCCUGUGGGCCUCAGAGUCGUUGCAAUUCAGUCCGUGAAGACAGGGUUAUACAUCGCCAUGAACGGGGAGGGCCAUCUGUACACAUCAGAACUCUUUACAGCGGAAUCCAAGUUCAAAGAAUCUGUGUUUGAGAACUACUAUGUGAUCUACUCGUCCAUGUUGUACCGACAGCAGGAGUCGGGCAGAGCCUGGUUCCUUGGGCUCAAUAAAGAGGGCCAAGCCAUGAAGGGGAACCGAGUGAAAAAAACCAAGCCAGCUGCUCACUUUCUACCCAAGCCAUUAGAAGUUGCCAUGUACAGAGAGCCAUCGUUGCACGAUGUUGGCGAGACAGUUCCCAAAGUGCCGGCACCUCCAAGUAAAAGCACAAGUGAGCCGACUGUGAUGAACGGAGGCAAACCUGUUAGCAAGCCUGAUAAACCCGCCACAUAGCUACACCUACACCGACCCGGUGCCCAGCAUGUAUGUGGAGGCGGGGAGGGGGGAAUGUGACGGAGGCGGGGCUUGUCCUGGCGAGACUCCAGACUGUCAUUCCUGUGUGGAACAAAUCCAGGUGACCCUUCCUUCUUUGUCCUCAUCCUUCCUUCUUUCUCCGCCUCGCCCUCCCUUUCUUCAGCUGUCUCGACGUGCGCGGACAGACAGAUUGCGAGGCGGCUCGGUGUCUCCUGCACCCCAGGGAAGAGGACCAUGGAGCGGCUGUUCGAUUCCUC